AUGGCUGACGCCCCUAUACUAAGUGUGACAAUGCUGGGGGCUGGCCAGGAAGUCGACGAUCUUGCUACAAAUUUCCAGGAUGGAAAAGGCAAGGUACACAUGACACAUCCAACAAAAGCUGUUCACAAGUUCAUCAUGCAAGACUAUGUUCGCAUGGGGUUCGAAUGA